AAGGCAUCCAAAAAGAAAGAAACGCAUCCUAAUUUUUUUCAAAUCAAGAAAAUCUUCGGAACCCAUGUGAGCUGGUCCUUUGAUACGGCAAUACGUACCGUACAACGGUGUUGCGACGAAAAUGGCGUAAUGAUUAUCACUGCAGGAGAUAAUUCUUCGAACACUACCAUUGAGAACACGCCUUGCAACCAUGGCUCGAAUAGUGAGACAAAAUAGGCACUCGCCCCAAUGGAGGAGGCCGGUAGCCCUCGUCUCUUUUUCGCUGGUAGCUCUGCUGCUCACGGGCACGACAUCUUUUGCAUUCACUACUCCGACGGCAUCUCAGGGGAUCGUGCACGGCACAAACAAGAAAAACAUUCGUUUGACUGCUUUGGACGGCAAGGCAGAAAUUCCCGGACCCACCCGCAAUGCAGAUAAACUCAUUUGCUCCUUCGACGAAACGGAUUUUUCGGGACGAACUUCGUGGCCCUACACUGCCGCCGAUUUAAACCGUCUCGACAACACCGACGACUCGAAAUUCUACGACAGUCCACGGAUGGUUACGCACAUCGACGACAUGGCAAUCGAAUCGCUAACAGAGUUUUACAAGAACACAUUCGAAGAAUUAGCAGAACAAUCCGACGAAGAAGCGACGAAGAAGACGAUAGACAUUCUCGAUUUGUGCUCGAGCUGGGUCAGCCAUCUGCCAGUGGUAGACGCCACCUCUAGCUUUCAAUACGGGAAUGUCGUUGGACUAGGGAUGAAUCAAGAAGAGCUAAACGCAAAUCCCCAGUUGACAAGUUCCAUUCUCCAAAAUCUCAACAUCGAUCCGAAAUUGUCGUCUCUAGACGACGAAUCCUUUGACGUAGUCGCCAUGACAGUAUCCAUCGAUUAUUUGAUCAAGCCGCUCGAAGUGAUCCAAGAGAUAAAGCGCGUUUUAAAACCAAAUGGAGUUGCGUUGAUCAGCUUCGGUGAUCGUUGUUUUCCGACGAAAGCAGUUGCAAUGUGGUUGCAAGCCGAUCCUAUUGACAGAAUCACUAUCGUAGCAUCGUACUUUCAUUAUGCUCAGUACGAUCAAGAAGCGAACAAGGAAGGGGGCGACGAUAGCAACGAUGGCAAAGAUGAAGUGUUAUACAAGUGGAAGUCUAUCGAUGCCUACGACUUAAAGGAUGAACCCCAGGAAGCACCGCCCAAACCUUCUAUGGGUGAAAUCAUGUCGAAUCCUGCCUUGGGAUUCGCGUGGAUGAAUACUGCAUCGGCAGUACAAAAAGCUAACAACUGCGAUCCGCUUUUUGUCAUCAAGGCGUCAAAGUAGAGACCUCCAUCACGGUUCGCGUGUUUUUGACUUUCACGCGGUGAUAGCUAAAUCU